UGUGUGUGUGUGUGUGUGUGCGUGCGUGUGCGUGUACAUACGUCUGUCUCAGACGCGUGAGUACCGCGUAACGUGGAUAUCCCAUAGUCUCGUUGCUCUCGUCCGGCUGUGAUGUGCGCUUGCGACGGCGCUCGUGAAGUGCGCGAAGUGCGGUAGUAGAGAAGUUGCGGAGGAGGAAGGCGUCGCGCGAGGUUUACAUCGGACAGGAUGUAUUCCACCGCCGCCAGUAUCAACGCAGCGGCAGCCGGUAUCAACGCGGCGGCUGCCGCCGCGGCCGUGGCAGCUGCGGCACGGCACCCGCAGGUUCCGCCGCAGCCCGGCCAGCCGAUCAAGUUCACAGUCCUCGAGUCAUGCGACAGGAUCAAACAGGAGUUCGAUUAUCUGCAGCAGCAGAACAACACGUUGAAGAUGGAGUGCGAUAAACUGGCUUCGGAGAAGAUGGAGAUUCAGCGACACUACGUGAUGUACUACGAAAUGUCGUACGGCCUAAACAUGGAGAUACAGAAACAUAGUGAGAUAUCGAAGAGACUGAAUACCAUUAUCGCUCAGAUGUUGCCCUUCCUCCCGCACGAUCAUCAGCAGCAGAUCAUCACCGCUAUAGAGAGGGCGAAGCAGGUGUCGAUGGCUGACUUAAAUUCCGUAAUAACGCAGCAGAGGCCGGAGAUACCGCAGCUGCUGCAGCAAAUACACACGCGGCAAUUACCGCCGGGCGCAGCAGCGAUGGCUCAUCCGGGUUUACCUGGACUUCCAGGAUUGGGGCCGGCUGCGGGGCUUCCGGUAGUGACUUCCGCGUCCGCGGCUUUGCUCGGUCUCGGACUGACGCCCGGCUCGACCGCGAGCCCCGGCGCGGCCUCCGCCGUGCAUUCCUUGUCGAUGCUUGGCAAGCCGGAUAUCCACCGCGGUCAGCCGGACGAUCUCAAGAGCAGCGGAGGUAUGAGCUCGACGGAGGAGAGACACAGGAGCUCGAUAUCGCCGAGCGAGAAAUAUAGCCGACCUCGCAGCCCGCAAGAGACCACUCAUCACUCUCACAACUCUCAGAGAGAUAGUCACCACGACCAUUCGAUGCACCCGCUGAAGAAGAUGAAGAAGGAUCACGAUAAGGACAUGGGCCACAGCGACGGCGAGAAAAGCGACCAGGACCUGGUGGUGGACGACGGGAGCGAUGGGCCGAGCAGUCCGGUUGUCAACGGCGCGUCGUCGUCGUCACCGCCACCGCCGCCACGCGAGAACGGCCUCGACAAGGUCGUCGCGGUGGUCGCGGCCUCGUCGAUGGCCGCUGGCGUGCAGAUGCUGAAGAAGGAUGCCGCGCCGCCGUCGCCGCGCAGUGGUACCAGUAGCAACGCGAGCACGCCGUCCGCCAAGAAGAUGGAGGAACGGGAGAAAACGGCCACGCCGAUCUCGAAGCCAUUGACGCCGACUUCCGGCUCGGCAGCGAUCGGCAACCCCGGCAAGUCCCCCGCCGCGAACAGCAAGCUCAUGCAAGGUGUGGCCGUGCAAGGUGUACCGACCGCGCUGUCCACCGUAGCCGCAUAUUCGCCGCACUAUCCGUCGGCCGGGCCGCCACCACCGCCGCCGCACCAUCUCGCCCCGACCGGCCAGCAUCCCCACGUGGACGUGAUGGCCUACAAUGGAUACGUGACGCCGCGGGCACCCGCUUCGCUGCAGCAGCUCUACGACCCCCACGCGGCGAUGCGGGCUCCGGUCGGGAUACCCGGAGCCAAAACUGCAUACAGCUACCACAUAAGCGACGGUCAGAUGCAGCCGGUGCCGUUCCCGCAGGACGCCCUGAACGGGCCGGGUAUACCGCGGCAAGCCCGUCAGAUCAGCGCCCUUAAUCACGGCGAGGUCGUGUGCGCGGUGACCAUCUCGAACCCCACCAAGUACGUUUACACCGGGGGUAAAGGAUGCGUCAAGGUCUGGGACAUCGGGCAGGCAGGUAUCGCGGGGGUGAAGCCGGUAUCGCAGUUAGAUUGUCUUCAGCGUGAUAACUACAUCAGGUCGGUCAAGUUACUCCCGGACGGAAGGACUCUGAUAGUCGGCGGUGAAGCCAGCCAAUUGUGCAUCUGGGACCUGGCCAGUCCGACACCGCGGAUCAAAGCGGAGCUCCCGUCAUCGGCGCCGGCCUGCUACGCCCUGGCGAUCUCGCCAGACUCGAAAGUCUGCUUCAGUUGCUGCAGCGACGGCAAUAUCGCCGUGUGGGACCUGCAAAAUCAGACACUGGUCAGACAAUUUCAGGGUCACACGGAUGGCGCGUCCUGCAUCGACAUCUCCGCUGACGGCACCAAGUUGUGGACCGGCGGCCUCGACAACACCGUGCGCUCGUGGGACCUGCGGGAGGGCCGGCAGCUGCAGCAGCACGACUUCACCUCGCAGAUAUUCUCCCUCGGGUACUGCCCGACCGGCGAGUGGCUGGCGGUCGGUAUGGAGAACUCGCGCGUCGAGGUGCUCCACGCCACCAAGCCCGACAAGUACGAGCUGCGCCUGCAUGAAUCCUGCGUGCUCUCGCUGCGCUUCGCCUCGUGCGGCAAGUGGUUCGUCUCAACUGGCAAGGACAAUUUCCUCAACGCGUGGCGCACCCCUUACGGAGCCUCGAUAUUCCAGUCGAAGGAAUCCUCGUCGGUACUCAGCUGCGACAUAUCGACGGACGACAAGUACAUAGUCACAGGCUCCGGCGACAAGAAAGCCACCGUCUACAAGGUCAUAUACUGAACGCUGUCGCCGUUUUGUUAUCAUUGUCAUCACCACCACCACCAUCACCACCAUCACCACCAUCACCACCACCAUCAUCAUCAGCAUCGUGAGACCGGCGGCAGUCUGAGGCGGUGACACGAGGCGGCGAAAGAGAGGCUCUUUCUCUCUCUCUCUCUCUCUCAGCUCAGGGGGAGCGCUCUCCCGAGCGGCGACGUAAUCACCGUUGUUGUUAUUGUUACAAAUGUUGUUGUUCUUGUUACUCGUUCCAUGACGAAGAGGAUGUGUGAUGUAACUCGCCGUUGUGUCUCAGCCGACUCUUCAGGCCGAUCCGAGCUUAGCCGACACGAGAACGCGCGCGCGCGCUUUCUACGCGUCUCCGCGGCUUUAUUGUUCGCGGCCGACUCAUCGGACGACAUGAAUUCGCCCGAAUGAAUGAACGGAACGGAGGUUUUCCUCCGUGCUGCGUGCGUAUGUACCGGCGUAUGUAUCACGUGGAAUGUACGCUGAGAAUACGUAUCGCUUCGCGCGCGCACGCGUAUUUGCCGGCGGCUCGUCCGGGAAACACGCAGAUGCGCACGUGUUGAUACUCUCUCCGUGCUCAACGGAGUGAUAUUCGUUCAUUAAUUCGCGGAUAAUACACACACACACACACACACACACACACACACACACACACACACACACACACACACACACACACUUGUGCAACAGUGCUAGUCGCGCAUCGGCAACGGUGUGUAAGACGUCCCCCUCUCUCCCCCUCCUCUCUUUCCCCGCCUCGGUGUGAACUCACGUCUGCGCGGGGGAGAUCGGCCGGUUGGUCGGUCCGGUCCGGUCGAUCGAUCGAUCGAUCGAUUGACUGACUGACCUUUUCUUCCUUUCUUGUUUCUUGUACUUAUACGAUACGUCACCUCUGACUGCCGACUGUUGUUGAUUCUCUACGGCGCUUGGGCGAAGUCUCCGUCCCGCUCCGACGCGUUCAACCCCAGCCCCUGUGUAAGUAGCUGUGGCCUGUCUGUAAAUUUUGUAAAUAACAAGGUUUUAAGUAAUAUCAUUAUAUAUUUUUCUACUUCCUCCCGAGAGCGAGAGAGAAUGUGUGACGGAUGAGGUAGGAGCAGCACAAUUAUAAUUGUACAUCUCAAAGUUGAAGAGACAGACGAGACGAAAGAGAGUCGAUAAAUAAAUGACAAAUAUAAUAAUCGAGCAA